GGCUUUUGGACUUGGCCCUAGACUUGACCAUCGCUGAUCCCAUCAUCGUUCUCCUUUCACUUCGUGGAGAAAAACUUUUCACCGUAUAUCCUGGUUAGAACGGAAUAUGAUCGCCCGAGAGGAUACCGGCGUUCUCAGAGCUGUGAGGAACUCCGAGGGAUCGGCGUCGACGUUGAAUACUCUCCAGGGAGAAAGGGGAACAUCAGUCAUGCGGUGAAGAUUUCGAGGAAUACCACUGCACGGCAACUGAUACAGCCCUCGUGAUUGGACCAGGUGUUUUGACAAAUUGAACAAUUUGGCAAUGGGUAUGGGAGGUCAGCAUCAAGUGGAGGGCUAUGAGUGCGGAUUAAGUCCAGAAGCCCAGACUGCCGCAAGGGUAGAACUCAGAGAAGAUGAGAAAACCCGUGAACAUGCUCUCUCGCAACUUAGACACUGGAUACUCAAGCAUCCGAAAAUCAAGAACUGCCGAACAGACGCAGUCUUUCUGCUCAGAUUUCUUAGAACCAAAAAAUUCAGCGUUCCUCUGGCCCAGGACAUGAUCGAACGAUACCUCACCAUCAGACAGCUGUACCCGAACUGGUUUCAAAAUUUGGACAUCAACGACCCUGCUAUGGAAGCCAUCAUAGACAGCGGUUAUCUGGUUCCUCUUCCUCAGAGGGACCGUCUUGGUCGCCAAGUUAUCUUAUCCUGUGCCGGACGGUUCGAUCCAUACAAGUUCACAUCAGCGCAAAUGGCCAGGGCGCACAGUUUGGUGGUCGAAACUCUGAUGGACGAAGAGGAAAAUCAGGUUCAUGGAUACAGUCAUGUGAACGACGAGUCUGGACUUACAAUGGGCCAUCUUAGUGCAUGGUCGUUAACGGAUAUAAGGAAUAUGCUGAGGUGCAUUCAAAACAGCACGCCAAUGAGGCACAAGGAAACGCAUUUCAUUAACAUUCCCAGCUAUGCCACAAAGAUCAUUGAAUUUGCAGUCUCACUUCUCAACGACAAGCUGAAAGGACGCGUUCUGGUGCACAAAAAUCUCGAUGAGCUGAAACUAGCAAUCGACCCGAAAAUUCUACCAAAAGAAUACGGAGGCGAUAUCCCGAUGGCGGAAAUGAUUGCAACUUUCAAAACAACGCUGCGCGCAAAACGGGACGAACUCAAAGCCCUGGAUGACAUGUAUAUUGAGCUCUCUCCGAAAGAAAACUGCACGUCAACUACAAGUGAUGGCUUGGGUGGUAUAUCUGGCUCAUUCCGGAAGUUGGAAGUAGACUAAUGCUUAUAAUUGAGUGUUUUAGUUGGGUGUAAAUAUUGAUGUUAUUGCGGCAGAACCGUUAAGGCCGAAUUAUUAAGUUCAGUUUAUUAUAUAUGUUAGUCAUAUUUUCACCGCCUUAAAAACAAUCAGCCUAAUCCGUGAUUGAUGAGUCACAUACAAUUGGAAUAUUCCACUUCAAUUAAUACAUUCUUAACAUUAUACUCUCUGUCGUUACUCAUUGAGGAUUAUUAAUUUGUACAUAUGACAACCAUGUCUGUUAUAUUCAUUAAGUUCGCUAUGCAUUAAUUUUAUUUUAACUUACGAGUAGAUUAGCUAUAAGGGAUACGUACGUUAGCAGACAAUAUCAAUUAUGUUGCCCUGCCGGUGGAUUCAGUUACCUACAAAUGUUUUCACGAGUCUCUAACAGAGCACCUUAGAAAUAAUUUAGAUACAAUUAAUAAUAAGCUAUAUAUACAUUAUAUGUUUAGUUUUGCAUAACGUUUCGAAAUGUAACCCUUAUAUGACUUACAGUAUUUGACAAUUUUAAUACGUAAGUCGUUACUCGAUGCAGAAUAAAUUAGAAAGUUUGAUACCUGUAGAUCUCGGCACGACGCGUUAAAACAUUACGCAGUGACUUUGCGUUAUAAACGAUGAAAUAAUCGUGAUUGGUGGAUCGGCUCAUUACUUGAUAGAAAUCCAGUAGUUGAAUGUUUAUCCUGCAUCGUAAAAUGUAAGAAGUAUAUGUACUUUCACCUGAUGGUGAUAAAAAAUUAUGAUUGUGAUAAGUAUCUCGUAAAUCACUGAAAAUUGUACUCGGAAUAAAGUGUCUAAAAUUAAAAAGGAAAAUUUAUUCAUAUC